UUAUAUUCAAGUUUGUGAAUUUAUCUGUAUAUGCGGCAGUACAACGAGUGUGCAUUUGGUGUUAUGUGCGUGUGUAGAAAGAGGUUGCGGAGAAAAAUAAACUUCCAAUACUCGCAAUCUGUUGAUGAGAAAAAUAUAAACGUUGUUUGCAAUGUACAUUGUGAUAGGUUGGAAAGUGGAAAAACUGAGUGAAAAUAGUUAAUUUAAUUGCAUUACAUUUGGCGAAAAGUCAAAAGAAAUUCGCACACCACAUUCGUGCGUUCCAAAGUGUUCGGCUCGUGUGGCCUCGGCUUUCUCGUCGCGAGCUAGCGUUGCAAGAAAACAGCUAAAGCAUUGGUGUGCGCGUUUGAAUAUUGUGCUGAGCGUUGUUAUUCACUAUAAAACCCAAUGCGUAAAUUGUACUCCUAUAUCAAAGGAGCGAAUUUUUGGGACGAGAGCCUUUUUCUCGCUCAUUAAAAAAUACAACCGUAAAUAAAUUGCAUACAACUAACACUGUUGUUGCUAUAUUGCUAAUCGUUUAGGCCUUAAGAGACCUGGUCUCAAGGAAAACAAAAUGUCGACACGCAAAUCGGCUCCUUUAGCAGUAACAACGGCUGCAACAGCGCCUCAAACACUAUCAUUAACAGCGAAAUCGGACAAUGGAACUCCGAAAGUGGCAGCAAGCACUUCCCCAGCCACAGCCAACACAAGCGCCAAUCAAAAAUCUGAAAUGGGUUCAAAUGCUUCCACUAACGCUUGUGAGGAUGUUGAAAUGAACGAAGCAUUGGAUUCAUCUUCUAACAAAGAAAGUUCAAAAGCCGACACUAAACGCGCAAGUAGCGAACCAAAGCGUAUAACGAGAAAUUCUCCACUUUUUCUGACAUCUCCAACACCAUCUGGAGGUGCAAUGAAGGAAUUACGCAACAACGAAGCUUGUGAUUCUGAAUUGACAAAUAGUGAGAGCGAGGAUGGUGGUGCUGUACGGCGCUUAAAUCAAAUAAAAGGUCGCAAAUCGUUGAAAGAAUGCAGAGAAACAAAGUCAGGUACCGAAAAGGAUAAAUCGAAGGAGGGAAAUACAGAAAAUAAUGAAAGCGAUAACACAUCUAAAGACACGAAAGGAACGUCAGAUGAUAAAAAUAUAGAAGACGGGGAUGCAGAACGUUCCGUCGCAAAUAUAAAUGCAAGCGUUUAUGCAGCAUCAUCAACUACAACAACAACAAAUAGAACGACUAGAAAAUCGUUUGCACAAGAAUUGGCAGCAAAUACCAGAGUAACACGCAAUAGACCGACAAACACACAACGUCCUGAGACACCUCCAGUUGCCACAGCAUCGACCCGUCCCCGUCGUUCGACAGCCGGCAAAAAAAAUUCGUUUUCAACAAGUGAGCCAGUGUCAAAGCGUAAACGUACCGAUGAGGAAACAACAAUAGCAACAGACUCACACGGUGGAAAAUCUAUUAAAAUCGAACCCAAAGAUGAUUCCGAAGUUACCGAAGAUGAGCUGCCACCUCCGAGCAUUUCGGUUAACAGUAAUAACGACGUUGACACAGUGAAAAUUAAAUCAGAGCCCAUUGAAAGCGAUGAAUCCGCAACAGAAGCGAGCAUCGCUGGCUCAAGCUCCAGUGUGACGCGCAGUCGUAGCCGAUGGAGCGUGCGCAAACCCCAGCAAAGUAACCUGCAAUGUUCUCCGAGUACACGUGCCACACGACACUCAAAGAACGCUUCGCCGUCGCCAUCACCUACCACUUCAACAACCUCCAGCGCAAGUGGUAGUGCGACAAACGAAUCAAAGCGUAAACGUGGCAAUGUUCAGACGAACGCUUUGACCCGUAAUUCGUCUUUGACAUUAUUGAAAACUGGAACAACAACAGGUGGCCUAAAUCCAUCUGCUACACCACUUCACGUACCUGACGAAGACUCAAAGGAUAGCAUGGCUUCAUCGUCCAUAGAUGAUAUUUCAAUAACAGAUAUAAAGGUGGAAAAGUUGACUCCCGAUUUAGUUGAAGAAAUUCAUCUAGAUAUUGAGAUGGAGAAAAGACAUGUAGACAAUGCAAGUAGGGAUGUUGUUUUGCCACUUACUGUUGAAACAGAUACGGAAAUAAAAAUUGAAUCCAAGAUUGCAAACAUAUCGAUUAAAGAUAGUGAAACAAAGAAAGUAGAAACAAUUGAAAAAUCAACUACGCCAUUGGCCACCACCAGUAACAGUAACACCUCAGUAGUAAAUGAAGAGGUGCAUGCUAAGGCAGCCUCCUUAAGUCCAGAAAUGAUCAGCGAAGGAGUGAGUGAAAUUAGCGUUAAGCAAUUCUACAAAAAACCGAAAUUUCUGGAAAAUAAUUUGGGAAUUGAAGAAGAUCCCAAAUUGGGAGAAAUUGUACAGAAGGUAAGCACAGGAAAGGAAAAAGAACAAACCGCUGUCGAAGACAAAGAAGAAGUAAUUCAUUUAUUGGAAAAUGAUGAAACAUUGCUAUCAUCUAAGAAUAAGGUCAUGUCUGAUGAGAGCGAUGCAAUAUCUAUUGAAAGUGAGGAAUUGAAGGAAGGCGAUCUACGUGUGGAAGAUAUUACCGAUGAUAAGAAAAAUGCAUUCAAUGAUGAUGGUAAUAGCGUGAGCACUGAAAUUUUGUCGCCUUUGGUAAUCGAGGAGGAUGGCGAGGCGGUGGUUGUCGACGGCGAUGUGGAAAUAAAAGAAUGUGUAAACAGUGAAGUAAAUGAAGAUACAGUUAAUUCCGUAGAAAAAGACGCGAAAAAAGACCUUACAGACGUAAAACCCUCGAACGAAAUAGAUGUUGACGAUGAUGUAACAAUGGAAGGGAGCGAGACCAUAUCGAUGGAUAACAAUGCGUCAGUGCAAGAAGAUGUAAUGGAAGGUUUGCACGUUGAUGAGGAUAUGGAGAAUGACACAGAACAUUUGGAGAAUAAAGCCGAUUUGUGUGUCUUAGAUGACAAAGUAAAAGAGGUGAAUGAAAAGACUAAAACUGAAUGUGAUAGUAUACAAGCCAAGCUUAAUGUUGAAAUUGAAAAUAAAACCGUUAAAAAGGAUGAAUUCAUCGAGAAUGUCAAAUUAAAAUGCUUAAUUGAAGAUGAAAGUGUUGGUGCAAAACUCCCAGCAGAUAAACGAAUCCAAAUGGAAGUCGAAGAGGUUGAAUGUAUAGAUCUAGGAGAAGCUUUGGAUGCAGUUAAUUCAGAUGAAGAAGAUGAAACAAAAUUAUGCAUUGAUAUGCAGGAAGAAGAAAGUCCAACUACAGAUAUGGAGAUUAUUGAAAAUAUAGAGGACGAUGAGGUUGUUGCAAAAAUUGAUGCAGAACUGAAAAAGUACGAUGACUUGGAGAAGAUAAAGAGUCAUGAAAAUGUUGAAAACGUUGAUUUCCUUAUCUCUGAGAAAGAUAAAGUAUUGAAAUGUGCUAAAUUGUCAGAACCCGCAGUUAUCCUAAAGUCAGGAUGGACACUUAAAGACGAAAAGGAAAUUGCUAAAAUAACUGAACUUCACGAAGAUAUUAACAUUAUACCGAUUUCUGAGGCGACAGAAAUAGAUUCUGCAGACAAUUUCGAAAAGAAGGAUUCUAUAUGCGCAAAUACUGCAGCUCAAGACACUCCAGCUUCUUCCACAACCAAUUCACCUACUAAACCAACAACUGCUCUUAAGGAGGACGAUUCUACAUCCGUGAAAUCAGGUCAGUCCACUGAUGGCAGCUCCUGGGUUACACUUGAAUUGGAGCCCGACGAAGAAACUUUACGCCAAAAAGAACAGCAUUUGCAGAAUUUAGGGCUGUUAACACACGAAGCCGCGGAAAAGCGUCGUCAAGAAUUUAUACAAAGUUCUGCCGCUGCUGAAGCUACGCGUGCACAACAUCAAAACUCCAUCGGCAAUGGUGGUAAACGCAAUGGAAAAUCUGCGAAUACGGCGUUGACACAUGAAUACACUGGCACGCUAAAGACCGUUAUUAAAAUAAAUCGCAAUACCAGUAGUGGAAGCCACACUUCGACCUCAGGCGGCAAUAACGGACGCAAAAGCAAUGGUAAUGGCGGUCAACAUGCCUCGGCAUCGGCUAGCAGUUCUACAUCAAAGGAUGUAUCGAAUGGCAGCACAGUGCGCCGACAAUCACUUAAAAUUACAUUCCAAAAAGGACGAGGACGUGGCCAAGGAAAUGCUGAUCGCGCCACCGAUCAGCACAGCAAUGGGGAGGACGCCUACUAUACUAUACAAAAUGAGAACGAAGGUGGGCUAAAAGCUGGCAACGCCGGUCCAACGGCAGACCAUUCAAAUGUUCAAACGCAUGGUAGAAAAUCAUACAAUCGAUCUAACACUACUAGUCAUUCUACAAAUACCGCUACUAUUGAUUCCUCGCAUUCGGAAGGUUAUGACAAUGCGCAUCACCACACCAUUGCAAGUGUUCCACACAAAAAGGAUGAAAAAGAAGAAAUACUCAUACCUGAAAAAGCAUCGUCAUUUAAAUUUCAUCCAGGUCGACUUUGUGAUGAUCAAUGUUUCUACUGUAGCGGUAAAUUUGGACUGUAUGAUACACCCUGUCAUGUAGGCCAAAUCAAAUCAGCUGAGCGUCAGCAGAAAAUACUUGCAAAUGAAGAGAAAUUAACAGUUGACAGUUGCUUGUGUGACGCUUGCUUUCGUCAUGUAGACAGACGUGCCAAUGUUCCAUCCUAUAAAAAACGUAUGUCUGUAACGGGGCAUGCUGAUAAUGCUGGCUCCUCAACAGGCACGGAAGGAAUCGACAAUAUUGCAAUUGAUGCCGAAGAUGAUCCCAGAUCUCAUAAAUGUUUAGUGCCAGAUUGCGCCAACCCAGCUGCACAUUCAUUGCGUCGCAAAUGUAUACGGAAAAGUGUGAAAAAAUUCUUACUAAACUUUGAUAUGCCGACCGGUUCAACUUGUGUAUGGCUAUGUCAGGCCCACUAUGAUACCGUCAUUCAAUGUUCGGGAUGUGUAUUGUGUAAACGUCGAUUGGGCAAAAAUCAUAUGUAUCACAUAACGUCGGACACAGAUCGUCUAGAAAAAGCUCUUUCCGAGAUGGGUAUUCCAGUACAAUUGGGCAUUGGUACGGCUGUCUGCAAAUUAUGCCGUUAUUUUGCAAAUUUGUUAAUGAAACCACCAGAUAGCACCAAAUCACAAAAGGCGGAAUUUGUUAAAAAUUAUCGCAAACGACUUCUUCAAUUUCACAAUAUUCAUGAUGGCAGCAAUGAUGCCUCAGAAGCUGAUGAUGAAGACGGCAAUAUUACCAAUAUAACUAUGAGUGAAGCAGAUAAAUCAACAUGGAGUAACAGCAAAACUCCUCAGAAAGCGGAUAAGACCGAUACGUCCAUAGCAAUUGAAGAGUCCCCCGUAAAAGAUUUACCCUCGCCAGCUGAUUCGAAUGGAUCUUCAAUUGAAUGCUUGGGCGAGGCAAUGCCUAUGGAUAUCAGUGCCGGUGAAAACAACGCUACUGUAAAACAGACACAGCAAAAACAUAUACUACAUUCGAAUGACAUGCUGACCGACUAUGAUCCACCAACCACAUUAUCGACCGAUUCGAAUUCUUCUAGCGCUCCAAUGUCACCAAUAAACAGCGCCGCUUCCGGGAAACAGCAAAUGUCUAAGCUCAAGGCAAUCUUGCAGAGCAGUAGUGGCAGCUCAAAUGCAGCAAAAUCGUCGUCGACAGCGGCAAACCCAGGCGCUGCGAGUGAUAUUUCAAAUGUAUUGCGUGCCAAUCCCAACAUUUCCAUGCGUGAACUCUUUCCCGGAGAAGAGGAUCUCGGUCUGCAUUUCAAGGUGCCCUUUGGCAGCAGCGCAAGUCAGCGUACGCCAGAAGGUUGGACUCGUGUACAAACGUUUUUGCAAUACGACGAGGCAACGAGACGUUUGUGGGAGGAGCUACAAAAGCCUUACGGCAAUCAAAGUUCGUUCUUACGACAUCUCAUACUUUUGGAAAAGUACUACCGCAAUGGCGAUUUGGUGCUUUCGCCAAAUGCUUCUUCCAAUGCUAGUGUUUAUACGCAGACGGUACGGCAGCGUCUUACCUCUUAUGAUCAAGGGCACUGUGGUGGUUUAUUAAGCGUUAAAUCUAGCCCGCCCACUAGUAAACGUAGCAGCACUGACAUUCCCACAGUAGAAAUCAAUGAAGAUGAUGAUGAACCGAAGCGCGGUGGUUCGAGCGAAAGUAAAGGCCAACAAUUGGAUGUGGAUAGUGUGUCACGGGACAUUCCAAAUGCAAUGCGUUCUAAACGCGCACGCAGUGAUUCGGUGGACAAGCUAACUAAACAGCUAAGCUCCAAUGCAGUGACAAUAAUAGCGCGUCCAAAACCUCAAUCCCAAUCGUCUGGUGAUCCUUCGCCACAGAAGUCGCUUUUGAAGGAGAAAUCAAACGACACCAAUGCAAUGCCUUCGACUACGCUAACUGUCGUGAGUGGCAGUAGCACCAGUGGUGCAGUAAGUAGCGGUAGCAAUAGCAGUGCCAGCAGUACAUCGAGCAAUAGUCGCAGUAUACUGAAAACCAAUCUGCUUGGCAUCAACAAAGCUGUUGAAAUUUUGCCAAUAUCAGCUUCAAGUAGCGCUCCCAGCAGCAAUAUGGCAAGUACGUCUGGAAAAGCUCAUGGCAGCACUGAAACUAAGCAGCAAAAGAUACUCGAUUUAGCAAAUAAGCUAUUGGACAAUCGUAACGAGGCAGAGAAAACGAAAAAUAGCACGGGAGCAUCUUUAUUAACAUCACCGCCCGAACUAGUAAGUUUACAACGGCGUUCAGUCGGUGCUGUAACUGGCACCACUACCUCCACUAACGCUACUAGCACCGCAGCAGCGCCCCCAACGAGCAUUGCAUCCGUGUCUUCACUCACAGCCAGUCUUAUAAACAACAAGCGCACGCCGGCUACUGCAAAGGGUAGCACCGGCGCUGCAGCUGAAGGUAGCGCUACGUCGCAUCGCCCACCACCGCCCAACGUAGUUAUACUGCCCGAUACCUUGACUGUACGUGAGCGUCAACAGCGCAGUUGGCGCCCCACUCUCAUGCCUGUUGAGGAAAAUUUGCAUUUAAUCGACAAAGGUGGACCUUUAUAUCAGACCGCAGACGGUCGACGCCUGCCAGCGCUGGUACAGGUACUUUCCGGUGGCAAACCGUUCCUCAUCUCCAUAUUCGACUACAACCGUAUGUGCAUUUUGAGGCGUGAGAAAUUGUUACGUGAUCAGAUGUUAAAGACUGGCAAGAAUCCACAUGAUGUUAAGCAACAGCAAGCACAGCAGCAACAACAGCAGCAGCAGCAAUCAACGAAAGUAACAACGGCGCCGAAUGUGCCAGUGGCAAGCUUUAACAAACAUGCCGUCAAACAACAGCAACAUCACCUCCAACAACAACAACAUCAGCAGCAACAGCAACAACAGCAGCAAGCAGCACAACAACAAUUGAUACAAUUACAAAUGAUGCAAUUGCAGAAACAACAUGCGCUAAAAGCGCCCGGCCGCUAUCCAACAAUCGCUCCCAAACCCACCGCCACUGCCACACACAAUGGCGGCAACGGCACACCCACUUCGCACGCGGCAGUCACCAACGUUAGCGUACCCAAUUCAAACGCUAGUGUCUUCUCCUCGCCCAUGAUGCCCCUACUGACCAAUGCCUUCUCAAAUCCGAAUUCCAAUCCACUAGCAGUCGCUGCUGCCGCCGCAGCCGCCACAGCCAAGCUCAAUAGCAAUGCCUGGAUUUGGAAUUUUCCCGAAUCAACGCAUAUGCUGAACGGCAACAUGGUGGGCGCACAAAGUGCACCCAAAUUGCCGCAAUUGCUGCACAAGGGCCCACAAAUUGGCGGUGGUGGCGGCAUCCCGGCAACAAUGACGUCGAAACAACAGCAGCAACAACAACAAAUGCUGAUUGACAAUACACUGAUGUCGAAAAUACCCAAAACUCUCACUGUUAUACCACAACACAAACUAAUGGGCAACAGCGGCAAUCCGACGGCUAAUAUUAACCACAAGGAGUGAUGACAACUUAAUUGUUACGCGAGUGUGAAGGGCAGAAGAGAACGUCGGCAGCGUCGACUAUUCGGAGCUUGGUUGAGUAGUUGAACAUUGCAGUGAGACGACAAUCGCGUAAGUUAGCAAAAGCAGUUAAAAUUUCAGCUGAAUGCUGACUGUAGCUUACGGUCAUACAGGGAAAGCGAACAAUAAAACAUGCAAAACUACCAAAUUUUUGCUAGUUAAACACAGAACUCCGCGCAUUAUAUGAAGCGGCUAUAUGCAUUGUUAGAUGACUGGCAUAUUUUUAUCAAAAUUUAGUUGAGUUAAGUAGCUGAGGCUAUAUCAAAGAGUUACCAGUAAAAACUCGAAAAAUUUAAAUCAUAACUACAAAAAAAAAAUUUGGGAAUCUGAGAACGUUUGAAAUUUAACAAAAAAUUUAACAAAAAAUUGCCUUAAAAACUUAGUCGAACCAGCAAUAUUAUGAUUACCGCUAAAACACCAACAACUACUACAUAAAAUAUUUCUCAUAUUAACGGUUUCUGAUUUAUUGUCGUCAUUAACAGCGCUUUGUUAUUAGUAAUUGACUUCUCUAAUAUGAAAUUAACAUGCAAAAUUGACAAUCAUCAAUUAUGAAGUUGCCGUAGAGCUGCCCACGUUCACUCCAUACAUACAAGCAUGUGUACUAUUCACCUUAGCUUGGCUCCACAUUUUCAUCAAUUAUAUGUCUGAUAUGGCCACGCGCCGGUAGUAAUGUUUUUUCUUAGUGUGUAAAUAAAUAUGAAUAUUAUUGUUAAAACAUACUACAUAUAUAAUUAACUGUAUUUAAAACUGAUAAACAAUUGUUGAAUAUGUAGAGCUCAAACAAUUGCACCCGUUUUUAAGUAAAGUUGUUCACAGUCACUAAACUUGCGCUUGUUUGCAAGCUAACGCAACAUGUUGCGUUGUGUUAAAUCAUACACACUGUGCACAUUAGACGAUAUUUUACCACAACACGUGCAUAUGCAUAUGUUUGCGGUUAUUUAUCAGGGAGAUUUUAAUGCAUUACAAAUAUUACAUACAUACAUACUUCAUUAUCCAACUAACUGUAAUCUUAUCGCCAAUGCGAAACAAAAUUAUUUACACGCCUAAAUCAUAAAACUACACAUGUAUAAAACAAUUAAAACGUAAAAUUACGAUAGUGAUAGACCUAUAUUUAUAUAAUAAUGCAGUUAAGUACAUACACAAUAUAUAUACCUACAUACAUAUAUAUUUUAUUAGCGGCAAGCGAAAUCAUCCCUUUUAGGCAAUAAUUACAACAAAUCAUUAACGUAGUAGUAUGUAAAAGCAAAGCGUACAUAACGCAUGUAAUGAAAUCUAACCUCAAAAUUGCCCUUACAGAAAAAAAACUUUAGACUAGUUAAUAAAAAAUAAAAAAAAAACCACAAAACUUUUAUGAAAAUGUUAAGGAAAACAGUGCCUAAAAUACAGACAAAAAUGCAACCGAAACAACAACAACAACAAGAAGAAAAGAAGUUUGCAAAAUUCUGCAGGAAUUAAUGUUUAAAUUUAUUGUAUGAUACAAAAUACUUUGUAUUUAUGUUUAUAAACAUUCAAAACGAUAGAAGGAAAAUCGCUUAAGUUGUGGGAGUGGUAAUCGUUGAAUAAAGUAAUGCCAAUGUGAAACGUAACUACGAGUUGUUUCAAUACAUUCAUUUAUGAAAUUUGAUUAUAUUAAAAGAUAAAAAAGAUUGUUGUUUAUUAUAUACAUACAAAUAUAAAUAUUAUAUUAUAUACAUACAUACAUAUAUUCGUAACCAUUCUGAAAAAAAAUAAGAAAAACUCAUGAAUAUAUUUACAUAAAAAAAUUUACUGUUACGGAGUGAAAUGCAAUGAGUUUUACUGAAAAUGAGAUGCGAAUUACAUACGCUCUUGCAAAUAUUAUACUUUAGUUGUAUACUCUGUUUAUUUGUUAAUUACUUUAAGCUAGACUACCACAUACCUAUUUACAAUACACAUUUACACAUAUAGAUAUAAAUGCGUACAUAUUUAUAUGUAUGUAUAUGUUUGUGCGCAUCUUAGUCAUAAGUUCCAUUAUAAAUUAUUUAAUUUGAUUUGUUUAGUUUAAUCAUGUAAUUUUCAUAUAGUUACUCAUAUUUCAAAUAUUAUAAAAUAUUUUAACAACAGCAGAAACUAUUUACGUAUACUACAAGUAACGCUAACCACGUCUGAAAAGCAUUAUUUGGUACUGGAAUGUAAAAUAUUGUAUAAGUUUCCUAUAGAAUUGGUUUUUCUGCUGCAUACAUGUACUAUUUAACAUUGCAGGCAUAAAUACAUUUAUGUUACCGUGUAUACGUGGUGCGAAAUGUAGGCACUCAAGAUUUUACGUAUGUCACAGUCUAUUAUGCAAUUUCUUUAUGCCCGUAGUAUAGUUAUAAUUUUUAAAGAAAUAUCGUUUCCAUGCUUUUACUUAAGUUUGAAAGGCAAUCACAUACAUACAUAUAUCCUGGAAAUGUAAUAAAAUAAUAUCUAAUAUACAUA